AUGGCGACUGCUGGGAUGCAGAGGUUAGGUAGCCCCUGCGGCAGUGCUCUGCAACAAAUGGGUCGCUCUAGGGCCAUUCUCGGUGAUGGAAGCACACAGCCUGAGAUAAAGCUAGAGAAUACACAGUACGUUGAAGAAAUGGUGCCAAACACUGGCGCUCCUUCCGGGCGCACUGCGGGGACGGCCGGAACUGUCACUGCUAGUAACAACAUGAAUGCUAAGAUCAACAAACGGUUUCGAGAACUCCCGGAGAACCUUAGGUUUCAAGGUCAAACGCCCAGUGGAAAGCCACGCCUGUUCGUGUGCAAGGUGUGUACGCGGGCUUUUGCGCGACAAGAACAUCUAAUCCGGCAUGGGCGCUCACAUACGAAGGAGAAGCCAUACCACUGUGGGUUAUGUGAACGCAAAUUCACGCGCAGAGAUCUAUUAUUGCGGCAUGCUCAAAAAGCGCAUAACGGUAAUUGCGGAGACUCGUUAAAUUGCCCGCGGCGUAAACGAAAGAGCGUAUCCCUGGCCGAGACGUCAAAUGAGAUAGGCAGAGACGAACUUAGGACUGAUGCAACAUGCGAAGGUACUAUUUCGAACGAUGUCACAAGGCUUCACUCUCGAAGUACCCACAAAAAACAAUGUGCGACACUGAGAAGAGCUUCAUUUUCUGCACAGUCAGCGGAGAAGUACACAGGGUCAUCACAAGCUCGCGAAGAAGGAGCCGACAUGGGCCGCGUUGAGUUCUCUACACCGCAUCUUUUGCCUGUUGAUCUAACAACUGAAGACCAGUCCUCAUUAAAGCAUCUGAAUCGAUCCGCCGUUGCAAGUUUCAACCUUCUAGAUCGUAAUACUUGGAUUAAUGAAAUGAACGCUAUCCCAAUGCUAGAAGAGUCUAGCGAUUCAGGAGAUUCGCCUAUGACUGCUGGAAUUGUUAGUAGCGGUAGCCGUUGGAGCCAAGGAAGUGGCGACGAAAGUUCAAAUGUUCGCAAACUAAGCAGCACUCUGCCUAGCGGAAUCUCAAACUUUCUAGGGGGCUCAAGUCGUCGGUCGUCUACGUGGAAAUUUGAAGGCAACAAUUUAGUUGUUAACUCACUUUUCGAACCCAAUACAAUACAAAAUAAGCGUAAACUACAAGGAAGCCAGGGCUCCAAUAUUGGAUCCCGUGUUCCUUCUCUGUUCGACAGGGGUGACGGGAAUAUGGCGCAACCACGCAAUCUGGAUAAUAACCACGAUAUUAUUUCCCGUUUCAAUGAUUUCCAGUUUUCGUCUAAACCUGGUGCUGACGAGUCGCGCAACACAACUGUGCGGCUUCCAAAUGCUAAGGAUAUCAAUGAGCUGCCUCAGUUAGAGCCGGCAGCAGUAUUUCAUUCAUCUAGCUACUCGCAUUCUCCCAUACGAGUGGAAGACUCUGGAAAAUUUGACCUGUCUCAUAGUCCCGGGAGAUAUACAAGUAAAAGUUCCAAUGAGGGCCAGAAUUUUUUAGGGAUCUCCAAUUUAUCUACUUCACCCGCUAUAAUUCGUGAAGAUUCGGCCAAAUCUUCCCAAUUUUUUACCAAAGAGGUUCGUGACAUGUGCAUCAAAACUUUGGAGUUUUACUAUGAUAACGCAUCUGACCAGCAUUCAAAAAGCACUAAAAGUCCUACUUCCGAACUUCCGACCUGCCAAGAAUUGAAUUCUUUCGCUACUUUCUUUGAGACUUCGUUCUUGGUUCACUAUCCCUUCAUUCAUCCGCGUUUACUUUCUUUGGGGUUAGACGACUUUAAAAAGUACAUCCACGAAGGGCAGGCAGACUACACUGAAGAUGAGGUUUUUCACUACUCUAAUAUUGUCUGUCUGCCGUUAUUCAUUGCAACAAUUGGGUCACUUUACAAGCCCGGCGCUCGCGCUCAAAGCCUUGACCUUUACGAAAAGAGCCGCCGAGUCUUGCAUGUAUAUUUGACCUCGAGAAAAAAGCAAGAAGAAGGGUUAGUUGAGAAGAAGGGCCGAGGAAAAUUGUGGCUCAUUCAAUCUUUGUGCCUAAGUGUUGUAUUUGCCAUGUUUGCGGACCCACUGGAACGCAUAAACGCAGAGAUGGUGGUAAAGCAAGUUUCGGCUCUUUGUACUUUGGUCAAAGCAAGUUUGUUGCCAACAGCUUCAACUCCAGUGUUCAUCUUUCAGUCGCUGACUCAAUAUAUGCUUUACGAAUCCACGGUGCGAACUGUCCUUAUGACCUAUAAAGUUUGUCAAUUUUUAAAGGUGUUCUGUAAUAUCGACGCACCACUAUUUUUGAACGACUCGCAAAUAAGUGGCACUGUCAUCCCGGACAGUGAACAAGCCUGGCAUUCAACCUCAUAUCAGGAACAUCCUAACUCCAGUCACAAGCAAUACACUACCACUUUUGAAAAAUUCUACCGAAGCUUUGCUUUCAGUAAUGUCGGCAUGCAUCUAAUACCUGAAUUUCUCUGCAGCGCCAUGUUGUUCUAUGAAUUCAACAACAUCAAGAAAAACAGGUCAUCAAUACCUUUCCAAGUUUUUCUGACGAAAAUUGAUACCCGAAAGUUGGAAAUGAACUUGCCUCAGUCUAAUUCGCUCGUCCCAAGUUCCCCAAUUUUGAUUGAAAGCGCUAUCGACAUGCGGAAUUCCCUUACGUGUAUGAUCUUUUUCUGCAAGAUUGACCCCUUGUUUUCUCAAAAGGUCUGGAACAACGCAAUACUAGAAUUGUUUGAAGGCUUCUUGAUACCCAGAGAAACGAACAUUUUGGCCCAAGGGUCGUAUGGCCUAGUGACAGAUUUUUUGGUCGCUCUGAACUUUUCGAUAAAAAAUAUUUCAAAACUGUUCAAGAGUAAGGACGACUCGAUCGAGUUCAACAAAUCAAAACUAUCGGUCUUGAACUUGGAGGGGUACUAUUAUAAUUUUUUGGUCGUUAUUAAAUUUAUCAUGGAUUUUGAGGCCACGCCGAACUUUAAAUUACUGUGCAUUUAUAAUGAGUUGAAGAAACUGGCGAACCAGCUCCUUGUUCCAAAGCUUGUCUCGGUUUGCCCAGAAGAAUUUCGCAAGUUCUCGCAUGAGCCUGGCAAGUGGAAUUUCAAGAACUCUACUCCUCAAAUUGACAUAGACCAAUUGGAAAAACUAAUAAACAAUGUUCUUGUUUACUCAUUUAAUGAUGCAAACUUUCUGAAAAUGCCUGAACAGUCUACCGAGUUUGCUUUCGGUGUCAACACUUCUAACUCAACGGAUUCCAAGCAAUCCUUGAAUUCUCCGAAGCGUCAGGCAUCUGAAAACGGUUUAUCUGAAGAUCAAAUUUCAGAAGUGGUCAGCAGAAAAAAGGGAUUUGCGGAGCACUACCGUCUUUCCGAAAAAUACGUGGUGGUCGCUAAGUGCUUCUUUUAUUACAUUUUUGAGAAGUUUGCGCAUGCCCAUUUUCUGGAAAAGCUCUCCCUAGAUUUCUUAGUACUUGAAAGGCAGUUGGAUCGAAAUACUGAGAAUGAGAGACGUGAUCGUACUCGGCUUGAAACUGAUUCUUGA